AUGUCGAGUGACCCUCCUAGCGAAUGGGACCCACCCGUUCCACCUCAGGAUAAACGUAUGAGCAGCCACUCGUCUCACUACUCAGUUCACAAGGCAGAAAUUGGAGAGGCAGUGUCAGUGCCUAUCGUUAGAUCAUCAAGCGUCCGAACACAACAUAGUAUCAAAUAUCAUGAUCACUAUCGAAAGGCUUCAGAGGCCACAAAUGCCACUGGGGAGGAAUCAAUGUAUUCCGAGAACCAAAUGAAGCUUGGUAGAUUGAAUACUAGGAUGGCUCAAGCACCUAACGUUGAAGCACCUCUGAUGACAAUGAACACAGAGGUUGAAGAAGUUGUUCCCCCCAGACUGAGGAGAAGACCUGUCAGUGACAUUUGGCCUUCUAGGGAAUCUAGGGGGUCACCUCCCAAGCACGCACACAGGUUUUCUGUUAGUAUCACGGAUGAUUUGGAUAGACUUAUGGAGAAUGCUAGUAGUUUGAGAAGUGAGCCACUAGACGACGAACCUUAUGACAUUAUUAGCCCAGCUGUUUCCCACACAGAACAGGCUCCACAUUUGUAUGAACAGGGCAAAUCUUUCAGGCACUCGACACUCUCUUCAGGCAGCUAUGAGACUGCUGGGAGCGGCGAAGAAUCAGAAAAUUUACCGCAAGUCCCUGCUCAUACUGUCAAGUCUCCAAUCACACACACCUUACCCAAGAGGCCCAGCCCUAAAAGUAUGGAGAAAGCUCGAGUUGCAUCUCAACAAUUCAGCAUGUAUUCUCAUGAUGAAGGAAGCUGCAGGCCAGAUCACAAAGAAGAAGUGAACACUGCCCAAGAGGAUAAUGAGGAGCCCUUCACAAAAGGUGAGAGUAGCCAGGAUGAAUACUAUGGAAAGGCUUACGAGAGAAAUUUUGCCAGAGAGCAAGGCUUCGACACCGCUACUGAUAGCGAAACUGGACAAAGUGGACUUAGUAGAGGACCAAGUGUAAAAGCUGGCAGUAAUUUGAAAGAGAGUUUCCUGCCAAAUGAAGAGCUCGACCUAGACGCAGACACCACCUUAACAAAGUCCCCCAACGUGGAAAGAUCGACGAAUCCUGCUUCGGCAAAAGAUGAAGGUCCCGACAAGAGAAACAUUGAUAAGAUGAUUGAUGAGAUCAAACCAGAAGUAGUGGAGCAGCCUGUCACGCCUGGACAUGAAAACGAAAUUAUUGCACACGAAAAGGUGCAACCAAUUGAGCCCGAGCUGCCUUAUAUUGAACGACCUCAGCAAGGCACUCUCCUUGCAAAAAGCGACCCAAACAUAGCUCAAAAUAGAGACAGCAUGUACACUGAUCAUGGAUCACAAGGAGGUCCAGCAGGUGACGACGGAUUUUACGACAUUGAAGAGCCUGUGGUAGUUUCCAAUCCAGUCAGGGCUAAGUCUGUUAAAGACAACAUUCAGACGCCUAAACGGAAAUCGACCAAGCGCAAAUCUCGAAGGAACGUCCGCAGUGGAAGCAGUGGGAUGCAACUCAAACCAUUUUCAUACAAUACGCUUAUUAAUCUACUUGAAAGCAUCAAUGGAACGGUCAUUGGCGAGGAAUUUGAGCUGCUCAAUAUUCCCAUCAAGGAAAAACAAUUAAUCGAGAAAAUCGUCGACUCCUUGAGUCGGCUUACCUCAGAUAUGAUUCUAGAUGAGCAUCGGUAUGAGGUAGGACUAGAAAGACUUGAGAAAGCCCACCGAGUUCUCGAGGGAUUUUUAUGA